AGAAAUUAUCUCAUUACUCUAAAUCCGUUACUUUAUAUUCUUCAAUCUAGUUUCAUCGAGGUGUCAAACAAAUCAAGCUGAACAAACAAAAUAAGAAUAGUUUUGUGCAGUUACGUAUAUAAGGUAUAUACGAAAAUUCAUUCAUCUGUUUAGGACAUUCAUCUCGUAAACAUAAUAUGCCGUUAGUUUUAGAACUAGAAGGGGGUUGAAUUUAAAGACCAAGUACAGUGAAAAAAGUUUGUGAGUCAAGAUGCAACAAAAGACAAAAAUAGGGGAAAGAAUUAUCUUGGCAUGAUCAGAAUGAAUUCAUCUAAACAUGUUGUCAUUUCCAAAGAUGCCAGUUGUCUACUUUUUGUAUAAAGCUUUGACAUUGAACCAGCAGUAAGACUGCCUGCAGGAAUUCAUCGGCCCUGUUGAUUCGAUAUUGAAGAUGGAUAACACCGAACUCUAUGAUGUGAUUGUAGAAGGCUGGGAGCGACAAGAGGCAGAAAAUGGGAUUCCAUAUUUUAUCAGCCAUCAGACUCAGACCACUUCAUGGGAUCAUCCAUACUUCUCUAAAAUUUUGGAAGAACUUGAUGACUACCAUGAGAUUCGUUAUGCUGCCUACAGGACUGCUAUAAAAAUUAGACACCUUCAGAAAAGACUUUCAUUACAUCAGAUAACACUGAAGGUGAUCCGCAGUGUGUUGGACGAUCUGGACUACCCGGAUGGCUGCCACCAGAAGGUGACAUGUGGAGACUUGUCUACACUACUGCUUGGCAUCUACCACACAGCAGAUCACAGACAUGCACCCAAACAGAGCCCUGAAGUCUUUGCUGAUCUGCUACUCAAUUUUCUAUUGAAUUUAUUUGAUGUAAGUCGCAGUGGAAGUGUGUCGAUUCUGUCAGUCAAGUUCGCUUUAGCCACACUCUGUUCUGCUCGUCUUGUGGAAAAAUAUCGAUUUUUCUACAAUGAAUUGAAAGAUCAGAGUACAUUUGUAGGGGAGAAGAGCCUAGGGGAUUUCGUACAAGAUCUUAUUCAGAUCCCAGAUCUCUUAAAGGAAAGUGUUGCCUUUGGGAAGAAUGUUCGGGCAGUUGUGGCUAGCUGUCUCCAAGGGACUUCAAACACAACUGGAGUAUCAGAAGAUAUGUUCUACAGCUGGUUGUUACGGGAACCACAGACACUGGUGUGGCUGCCAACUCUCCAUCGACUGGCAGCGGCUGAAACAGUGAAACAUGAGGCAAAGUGCAAUAUUUGUAAAGCUUUCCCCAUAAUAGGAUUCAGAUACAGGUGCCUGAAGUGUUUUAACUUUGACAUCUGUCAGCACUGUUUUUUCACUGGCCAGACAAGGAAGAACCACAAGCUUAAACACCCACUGCAGGAGUACUGUCUCAUGACCAGCAGCAAGGAUGAUACAAAGGCCUUCAUGAAGACCAUCAGGAACAACCUGAGCAAGAAACAUCGCCGCAAGAGUAAAGUGAAAUACUUGCCCAUUGAUUCUGCCAGGAUAAACCCCAUCAUGGAAUGGAGUGGCCGUCCAGGUCGACAAGAGCCGACAUUGACCAAGGUCACCAACACCGAAGCAGCUGGAGGUCAGUCACAUGACCAGCAGCCCAUCACUUCACGCCAGCCACUGGCAGAGUCAAACACCUUCCGUCCCAAGUCCGCCACUGUCCUGGUUCUUAACAACACACCCAGAAAGACACCCACACAGUCUGUCCAUGACAAGGAGAACGUGAAGGAUGUGUCAAAUUUCAUGAAACAUCAGAGACACGAAUAUGAAGGUGUUAUCCGUCGCUUAGAGGAAGAGAACAGGAAACUAUACAGGAAGAUAGCAGAGCUGAGACAACCAUCGGACACUGAGAGCAACCUGUCGUAUGAAGCUGACCUUGAGAUAGAGAACGAUGUGAUUCAUGCACAGAAGGAUGUUCUAGAAGACCACAACAGGAGGCUGAGUCGCCAUCUCAACCGGGUCCAAAAUGUCCUGAAGCAACAGCCACUCCACCGGUCUUCCAGUGAUAUAACCUAUCACCGUCCAGUAUCCAUGUCGUACCUUGGACACAGCUACUUCUCUCCCCUCUCCAUCGACACCACCCCACAGGCCUGCUCCAGCCGAAUCCCAUCCAAACACACCACCCCCGCUGCUGGGGCAUAUUUCACAGAACCAAGGAGACGGAAAGGCAAACCCCUCACCCCUGCAGGGAAGGAGUGGCACAGCUCCACCACCCCUGGAACUCCACAGUGGACUGGUUCGACUACGCCUACCACCCCUGAUAAAGAUCCUGUCACCCCUAAGACUCCUGAAUGGACCAGCCAUGGUAGUAUCGAAGAGAGCCAGUGUUACUUCACACCAUCCAGUGUGUCCAAGUCACAGUUCUGCCCAGAGGAGGAGGCCGAGAUUCAGGAACUGUUGAAGCGGAUUGAUGAUGCCCUGCCAGCCAAUUUGUCUUUCUCAGCCUACUCAAUGGGGGGACUCCAAGUCCUAUAACAACAAUGACGAGAUGCUAGAAGCGGCCAACAACAUCGGCACUGCAAUGUCCGACUUUGUCCAUACCACUGUUGAUCAGUAUUGUCCACAGUAGUCGCAUGUAUGAAAUACAUGAUAUAACUUAGUAUUAGCAGAUGGAAUAGGUAGUCGCACAUUUACUAUUCUCAUUCAAUGUGUGUUAUUUAUGCAAGUGAAGCCCUUGCCACGGGACCAUUGCUUCACCAGCAGGUGCUUGGUAAUCUAUUCCAUUAUUAUUGAGCAAGUGUUUACCACAGAGAAAACUUUUUUUGUGUGUGUAAUGUUCAUGAAUUCUGAAAAACAUGUUUGAUAUAUUUGUAAAUACACAAUGCCAUUUAGAGAGCGGUCAAAUGUAACACGUUAUAUUUGGGAUUACACUUUCCAAGUAGAGUACAGAUUCUAGUACUUUUGUUGGGUUGAGUCCCAUCAAGGAUUCGAACCCACACCCUCAAGAGUCGGGCACAUAAUUGCCAGCACACAAAGUGAGCCAUUUAACCCACACAGCCACCACAGGUUCCACUUGUGGUCAGAUGUAGUUUGGUAUAUGGAAGUUAGCAUUACUUGCAUAGAAGGUAGAAAGCAACAUUAAUACGUAUGUAUACCUGUAUUGAGUUGUAAUAAUUGAGAAGGAAAAGGUGCAAUGCAAUAAUCAAAUGUAUUUGUCAUGAAUGCAAUCAAAUGUGAAACUUAUGAUGUCUCAUACAGAUGCAAGAACAAGCAGCUUAUGUUGUGUGCAUCUUGUAUUUAGUAUCAUUUGCUUAUACACCUGUAUAGCUUUAUAUGGGAAGAAGGGGCGGUGGGGUAGCAUAGUGUCUAAAGCGUUGGCUAGUCACGUCAAAGACCCGGGUUCGAUUCCCCACAUGGGUACAAUGUGUGAAGCCCAUUUCUGGUGUCCCCCUGCGGCGAUAUGGCUGGAAUAUUGCUAACAGCGGCGUAAAACCAUACUCACUCACUACAUGGGAAGUGCAAAUGUGUGAAAUCUGUUCACAUGUAAAUCUAAUUGGUUCAUAUUGUAGACUUUACCAUAAACAUAACAUUCAAUAUGGUGCUUUGAAGUGGUGUUUUCUUAUUGUAAACCACUACCUGACAAAACCAUGGAGACGCAACUUCAAACUGACACAUACAGAGCCCAUGAGACCAGGCCUAUAUUUUAUGAGCAUAGCUCCAAUUCCUGUUUGCGCUUGGAAAUAUGGGUUUCAUGGGUCCUUCAUGUCUUCUAUGUUAUUUGAAUCUAGGGACCCCACAGUCUUUACGUUUUAACAAUAGGGUUAUAUAUAACAAGUGCCCCUUGAAUUGUAAUGUGUAACACUGCGUGAAGGUUUGUUUUAGAAGAUACUUUAGCCAGCUGUGUUGUGUUUGUUUUUGUAGAUCUCGAUAGUCACCAUUACAGUAUAUACCAGUGGCAACAUGUCCCCAUUUGUUUCAUGAUUAGGGAAGAUUGAUUUUGGUUGUGUUUUGACCUGUGUUGAAGGUAGUGUUAACAGUAUAUAUUCAUCACUGUGAAGUUUUUAUGGGCACGAGUGAUUUUGUCAGAUGUUUGCACAACUUCAUGUUAAACAUUAUUUCUUUACAGCCUUGUUUGUUCAUGUUAUCUAUAUAUACAAAACCACUAGUGUUCAUUGCUUCUUCUCUCAUUUAUAUGAGUUGAAUGGCACAGUAUUGUUUCAGCAUCUGUCUCAUCAAGCCAUUUUGAAUCACAGGACAAGAUCACGUGAUUUGCGGUGUUUGAAUAAUGUACCCUAUUAAACCAGUACAAGUGAAAAUAACAAUGUAGGCAACACACAAGACCACAUUUGAUGCCCCACACAAGAACAUAUCGUGAAGGCCUUCUGUUGAAAUUUU